AUGAACUGGAGAGACGCUCAGAGAUACUGCAGACAGAAUCACACUGAUCUGGUCAGUGUGAGAAACCAGGAUGAGAAUCAACAGAUUGAGAAGAUCAUGAAUGACAGUCUGAUAUCUGAAGCUUGGAUCGGUCUGUUCAGAGACUCAUGGCAGUGGUCAGAUCAGAGUAACUCUUCAUUCAGAAACUGGAACACUGUUGAACCUAAUAAUGAUGGAGGUGAUGAAAACUGUACAGCUGUUGAACAGAGCGCUCGGGGACGAUGUGUUUGUUCUGAUGUUGUUUUUGAUCAGUCUCUCUCUAGUUUCUGCUUGUGCUCUGUUUGGUUUCCAGAUAAACUGAUUGUGAUCAGAGAGAAUCUAACGUGGUCUGAAGCUCUGAGAUACUGCAGACAGAAUCAUGUGGAUCUGGUCUCGGUUCAUUCAGAAGAGAUUCAGCGUCGUGUGAUGAACGUGGUACACCUGGCGUCUACUGCAGAGCUGUGGUUGGGUUUACGUCACUCCUGCACUGUGGGCGUCUGGUUCUGGGUGAAUGGAGAGACUGUGUGCUAUCAGAACUGGGCUCCAGGGAACGGCACAUCAGAGGAGGACUGUGAACACACAGUGAGAUCUGGAGCAGUUCAGUCUGGAGGAGAUCAGCGCUGGAUCAGCCGUCCUGAAACUGACAAACUCAACUUCAUCUGCAGCAGAUAUGAAGAGUGAAAGAGUACACAGACCUUCAUGUGAGGAAACAAGUGUUUGUGUUCCUUCAUUUAACUUCAUUUUCAGUCAUCAAUUUGUUAAACAAUCAUUUUUCAUAUAUAAUAACUUUAGUCUCAGCAGGCAGUCGCACCAGAGGUGAAUCUCUUGCUCAGAUUAUUUUUGUUUCGUCUUUUUGUUCAAAUAUUUUCUUCAGUCAUCUGUAAAUUGACUAAAUUGUUCUGUCGCAGGUCUAUUUUCCAUCAGUUUCUGUUGAUGUAUUCUGUUGUGUUUGAUUCCUGUGGGUUUAUUUGAUCCAUUUUAAGAGCUUCAGUGGCAAGAAUAGCUGUUAACACGUUUUGCUUUUACAAACUCUUUCCUUUAUUUAUUUUUUUUGUUCACUAUCUUCAACAUUUUUAUUUGUUAAUGUGUUAACUGCAUUUUGUGAGGGGUCAAAGGGUAUAA